GGUCAUGUCAAGAAAAUUUGCAAGACUUCGUCAUGGCGGAAAGGUUGGGGUCUGUAAAGAAGACUGCUCAUAUUCCUCACUGUUUUUGAUAUUGCUCAUAACUUUUGCUUCAAGCUUGGUAGCGUCGCAAAGUGGAUAAGGAAUUUUCCAACAAGUGAUCACUUGAAGGGCUGUUCAGAGAGUGGAUCUUCCAUUACUACUUCGAUUAAUUUUUUUUAUGGUACAUUUGUAAACCUUUGGUUUGAUCAGGAGGAAAACAAGUUCCAAGGAAAGUAGCACCUGUGAAAAAUAAAAAGCUUCGGUAUUGCUAUUUGGAUGUGGAUUGCCUUAGAAAGUGAAGGUUACUGAGCUUGGCGUUUACUUAUUACUACCAAAGGAGGUCGUUGCAGGAGAAAUCGACUGCACAUCCCUCGCAUUGUUUUGCAUUGUUUGAUGCUUUACGUUGCAGCUGUGGGGCUACGUUAUAGUUUUGAAUUUCAAGGGGAAUAUGGAUCAGUUGGAGUGUGGAAAAAUAAACGUUUAAAGUACCAAGGAUUAUAGGUCGGCCUGUAAAAGCCUGAUUUAGACAAGUUAUCGAGAGAAGGCUUCUUACAAUUUUGUUUCAUUUAUCGAACUCUAGGCUCCCAGCGGUAGUAAGCCUGUUUCAUUAUCACUCGCCUUGUCCUCCGAAGACAUAUUUAGAAUGCUCAUUUUCUUCUCUACACUUGCUCACUUUUGCUAAGAUAUUUAACUGAAAAUCCAGUCGAUCUUGAAUGGAAAUAACUUGAUUUUACUCGAUGGAAAAGUACGAGAAUCUUGGCUUGGUGGGGGAAGGAUCGUACGGCAUGGUGAUGAAAUGCAGACACAAAGAAUCCAACCAACUUGUGGCUAUCAAGAAAUUUAUUGAAUCUGAGGAUGAUAAAAUGGUGAAGAAAAUAGCUUUGAGAGAAGUAAGAAUGCUGAAGCAACUACGACAUGAUAACCUUGUUAAUUUAUUGGAAGUUUUUCGUCGCAAGAAGCGACUCUUCCUUGUGUUUGAGUUUGUGGAUCAUACAGUUCUUGAUGAACUUGAAAGAUAUCCUAAUGGUUUAGAAGAGAAUAAUGUGAGGAAAGUACUAUGGCAAGUGUUGAGGGCCAUUGAGUUCUGCCAUCUUCAUAAUAUCAUCCAUAGGGAUGUAAAACCAGAGAAUAUUUUGGUGUCCAAGUCUGGUGUAGUGAAGCUGUGUGAUUUUGGGUUUGCCAGAACUUUAGCUACUGGUCCAGGUGAGGCUUACACAGAUUAUGUUGCCACCAGAUGGUACAGAGCUCCUGAGUUACUUGUAGGAGACACAAAAUAUGGCAGAGCUGUAGAUGUGUGGGCAGUGGGGUGUCUAUUGGCAGAGAUGCUAACAGGAGAACCUCUGUUUCCUGGGGAUUCAGAUAUUGACCAACUUUAUCUUAUCAUUACAAAGAUUGGUAACCUGACAAACAGACAUCGAGAAAUUUUCCACAGAAAUCCCUUAUUUGUUGGCAUGAAGUUACCAGAAGUUAAGGAGGUGGAGCCUAUUGAGAGACGAUUUCACCGAGUGUCGUCUGCUGCCAUGGACAUUCUUAAGCUGUGUCUCAAAAUGGACCCAGCAGAUAGACCAGAUUGUUCAAAGCUUCUAAAACAUGAUUUUUUCAAGAAAGAUAAUUUUGGGGAGAAGUUUUCUCAAGAACUUAAAGCAAAAAUUACCCGAGAGACUGCAGAAAAUCCUCUACUGAGAUCGUUGAAUGGAAGGCAUGACUCCAGAGAUGAAUCUGCAGAAGAAAAAGCAAAGAGGAAAAGGAGAAAGGAGAAGGAACGUGAAGCAAAAGAUCAAAGGGACAAAGAAGCGAGGGAAUCCAGGGAGGCGAAGAGAUUAGAGACAAGAGAAGUUCUUAAAGAACCUAAGAAGCACAAGGAGUCUAAGGAUCACAAGGAGACAACAGGCUUGGAAAAACAGAGCAAGAAGACACUAUUACUCCCAUCGACAUCACAAAGUUCUUCUGUGUUGCAACAAGAGGUAGCAGCGUUACCAAUGACAAACCAUCAGGUGAAUUCACCGUCGCACACUCUGCAUGUUACCACGGGAGCCUCCACGUCAAAUGUACCGACUUCUUACAGCGGGACAUCAGGAGUUACGGGUCCACCCACACCACUCGAUACUUUUGUUACCGGUCUUCCUCACGGUAAACAAUUGUCUCCUAUACAAAGUGCUAGUACACUUAGAAAUUCACCGCCUACUCAACAGGAAUCGUCCGGGACAACGUUGUCAAAAGGCUCGAUGGGGCCAGCUACAACUUCGCUGGGAACGUCGACGAAAGGUGGAAGUUCGCAUACAAUAAGUUUAUCGAAAACAAACAUUGGAUUGGGUGUGGUUGGACCUCGGCAUGAGUCUCCACCUGGGCCACCUCCCUUCAGGGUUGCUAACGACAGCAAAGUGAAGAAGACUCCCCCGUCACACUCUAAAAAGAGCACAGGCCCCCCUCCAAACCACCACAGCACCACGUUAUAUCCCUCAUCCGACUCUUACUAUGAGCAAAAAACUUCAAGUAACUUUGAUCUCGGCAGCCGACAUGGGGAGAGGUCAUCAAUAGAGUCGAACUAUAAAAAGAAACGUGAUAAGGACAAGGAAAAAGAAAGGGAUCGGCCAAGAGGAGAGAAUGAGUUUCCACAUCUACCUGAUGUGGUGGGAGCAGAGGCUAAGAACAGCUUCAAGACUGGUAAAACCUCGAAGAAUGCGAAAACUUCCAUAUCGAUGAUGCCGCACAUUACGAACCUGACUCCAUUCCAAAACGGCACAUCACAACGACAGGGUACACCACCCGGAUAUCACCAGGGGAACAGUCGUGACUCCAAUCUUCCGUCCGUAUGAUACAAGAGAAUGCCCGUAUGGUGUUCUCAUACGAAUUGUGAUGUAGGCAAUGUUAUGCCGAGUUAGUAAAAUGUAAGUUAAGUUUUAUAUAAUCGUUAUUAUAGUUUCAUUAUUAGAAUAUAAUAGCAUCUUUCAAGUACUGAAAGUCGAUUCAGAUUGUUAGAACACUUGUACGGAAAACCAAGCACGUUUUAUAUAUCGUUCAAAGUAUUCGUCUGAGAUUUAUCAAUACAUAUUUUUAUUCAUACACGGAAAAGAACUUAAAUAGCUAUAAAUUAAUUGAACAACGUUCAUUGUUAGUGUACUUGCCAUACGUAACUUAUUCAGAGGAACAGUAUACAAGCUUGUACCGUCUCGUAUGUACAAGAAACGGUAACAACAAUGAAAUAAAAUAUCGCAAAAUAUCGUGCAAA